AUGGGACCUGUCCUGCACAGAAUCUCCAUCACUCUAGUAAUGGCACAGUGCAUUUUAGGGAAUUUGAGCAAUGGAUUGAUAGUGCUGAAAAACUGCAUUGACUGGGUCAACAAAAGAGAGCUUUCCCCAAUUGACCAAAUCCUCAUUCUCUUGGCAACUUCCAGAAUUACUCACAUCUGGGAAAUAAUCUUUAUUUGGGUGAAAACUCUAUCAAUUUCAUUUAUGACCAGAGAAGAAUUAAAAAUAAUUAUGUUCUGUUGUAUACUAUCUAGCCACUUCAGUCUCUGGCUCGCCACAGCCCUCAGCAUCUUUUAUUUACUCAGAAUAGCUAACUUCUCCUGGAAGAUCUUUCUCUACUUGAAAUGGAGACUUAAAAAACUGAUUGUGGGGGUGCUGCUGGGAAGCUUGCCCUUCUUGCUUGCAAAUCUGGUGAAAACAAGCAUCACUUUUGAAGAGAGGAUCCAUCAAUAUGGAGGAAACACAACUGUGAGUUUCAUGGAGACAGAGUUAAGGCUGUUUUCAGAGCUGACCUUAUACAACAUGACUUUGUUCUCUGUGACACCAUUUUCAUUGGCCUUGAUCUCAUUUCUCCUGCUAAUCUUCUCUUUGUGGAAACAUCUGCAGAAGAUGCAGCUCAAUUCCAGAGGACAUAGAGACCCCAGUACCAAGGCACACACAAAUGCCAUGAAAAUUAUGGUCUCCUUCCUCCUUCUCUAUGCCACUUACUUUCUGUCCCUCCUGAUAGCGUGGGUUGCUGAGAAAUAUCAUAGUGAACUGGUAUACAUUAUGUGUUUGAUAACUGGACUCAUGUAUCCUUCGACUCACUCAUUAGUUCUGAUUCUAGGAAACUCUAAAUUAAAGCAGACUUCUCUUUUGCUACUGAAGCAUCUGGGAUGCAGCCUGAAAGGACAGAAUAUCCCAACUACAUGA